AUGUGUGUUGAAACAGUUGACUACUCGGUUAUUGUGAACAAGGACAUGGUAGGUCCUAUCAUCCCAAGGAGAAGAUUACGGCAAGGUGACACUUUGUCACCAUAUUUGUUUAUUCUUUGUGCUGAAGGUUUGUCUGCUUUGAUUAGAAGUGCUGAAUUAAGAGGAGAACUUCAAGGGAUUCAAAUUUGCAUUAAUGCUCCUGUAGUCUCUCAUUUACUCUUCGCAGAUGAUUGUUUUCUCUUCUUCAAAGCAGAUGAGAAUCAGGCAAAUGUGAUGAAGCAAAUUUUAUUGAAGUACGAGGAAGCUUCAGGGCAAGCGAUUAGCCUCCCCAAAUCAGAAAUUUUUUACAGUAAGAAUGUUGAACAACCUCUUCAACAGGUUAUCACAAGCAUACUAGGCGUGCGUACGGUUUUAGGUACCGGAAAGUAUCUUGGCCUGCCAUCUAUGGUUGGGCGUAGCAAAAAAGCAACUUUUAGUUUUAUCAAGUAG